AUGCAUCGAUUAGUCAGAAAGCCAUUUUUCAUAAGAAAUUUUUCUCGAGGCUAUUCCACAGCUAAUGGCAUUAAUCAAGUUGUGAUUGCAUCUGCAGCGAGAACGCCAGUCGGUUGUUUUAAAGGAUCGUUAAAGAAAUUAACUGCUCCGGAACUUGGUGCUGUAGCUGCAGCAGGUGCAAUUGAAAAAGCUGGUCUGAAACCAGAACAGAUCGAAGAAGUGUAUUUUGGUAAUGUUCUUCAAGCAAACCUUGGUCAAUCUCCUGCUCGUCAAGUUGCUCUUAAAGCAGGCUGCAAGCAUUCGACAGAGGCAACAACAAUUAAUAAAGUUUGUGCUUCUGGUAUGAAGGCUGUCAUACUAGCUGCACAAAAUUUAGCGCUUGGUAAUAGAUCGAUUAUGAUUGCCGGUGGUAUGGAAAGUAUGUCUAAUACUCCAUUCUAUUCACCGAGAAAUGUCGUGUAUGGUCAUCAAAUUUUGGCAGAUGGAAUAAUUAAAGAUGGUUUAUGGGAUGGUAAUUGUGCAGAAAAUACUGCUAAAAAAUAUGACAUAUCGAGGGAAUUGCAAGAUAUGCAUGCCGCUGAGUCAUAUAGACGCGCCGCUGAAGCUUGGAAGAAUGGUGUUUUCAAAGCUGAGGUUGUUCCCGUAACAGUCAAAGAUCGCAAAAAAGAUACAAUUGUUGACGAAGACGAAGAAUAUAAAAAUGUUAAAUUUGACAGAAUUCCUGAGAUAAAACCUGUUUUUCAACCUAAUGGUGGAACUGUAACUGCGGCCAAUGCAUCGACGAUUAACGAUGGUGCUAGUGCCCUAGUGCUAAUGACACGUGCAAAAGCUGAAGAACUUGGUAUAAAACCAUUAGCUCGAAUUAUUUCCUAUGGUGAUGCUGCAGUUGAACCAAUCGAUUUUCCAAUUGCACCAUCACAAUCACUUCCAGUUGCUUUGAAAAACGCAGGACUUAGUAUUUCGGAUAUUAGCUUAUUUGAGUUUAACGAGGCGUUUAGUGUAGUUAUACGAGCAAAUGAAAAGAUUUUAGGUUUAGAUCCCAGUAAAGUUAAUAUUGCUGGUGGUGCAGUUGCGUUAGGACAUCCAAUUGGUUCUUCAGGUUCCAGGAUAAUUGUUACUUUGACACAUUUACUAAAGUCUGGUCAAAUUGGUGCUGCAUCAAUUUGUAAUGGUGGUGGUGGUGCUAGUUCCAUCAUUAUUGAAAAACUUUAA